UUGAAUAACCUAAGCACCGCCAUGAAUCCGAUCCGAUUGUUUAUAAACAGAAAUGAUUCGUGACUUUUGAACACUCGGUAGCAUUAAGUUUCCGAAUUAGUUUUGUAGUCUUGUAGCGACUUUGUUGCCUCAGCGAUGUACGGCGCACGUAGUACAACUGUUUUAGGUCUGUUUGUUUUAAGUAUUUAUUUAUUUCAAUACAGCCAUGGGGGUGUAAUGCACAGUCACACGAACGAAAUAACGAAGGAACGGGCUGAGGACGGCGCCUACAGUCCUAGGGAUCAUAGUCAUUUCACGGACAGUGGCGAACAUCACAGUGAAUUUGAUCAUGAAGCCAUCUUGGGCAGUCACAAAGAUGCUGAGGAGUAUGACCAUUUACCCCCUGAGGAGGCUAAAAAGAGACUCAAAAUAUUGUUGGGGAAGAUGGACUUGUCCAAUGAUCAAAUUAUAGACAGGAAGGAACUGAAGGCAUGGAUUUUACGAUCAUUUAAGUUGUUGUCUGAGGAGGAGGCAAAUGAUAGAUUGGAAGAUGCAGAUGAGAAUGAUGAUGGAAUUAUUACUUGGCAGGAGUAUCUAUCUGAUGCUUAUGGCAUUGACAAGUCUGAAGAAACUUUGGAUUUAGGACAUGAUAAUGAAAACUUAAUAAAAGAUGAUAAGGCACUUUGGAAGGCUGCAGACACAAAUGGGGAUGGAAACUUGGACUCAAAUGAAUGGUUGGCCUUUUCACAUCCAGAAGAACAUCCAGCAAUGUUGCCUGUGAUUCUGCAACAAACCUUAAAUGACAAAGACACUGACAAAGACCAAUAUAUUAGCUUUGAAGAAUAUAUAGGUGAUAGGGCUGUUGAGCAUGAUAAAGAGUGGCUUUUAAUUGAAAAGGACAAGUUUGACAAGGAGCUGGAUAAGGAUGGUGAUGGAAGACUUGGAGGGAAUGAAAUUUUGUCUUGGGUUGUGCCCAGCAAUGAUGAAAUUGCUGAAGAGGAAGUGGACCAUUUGUUUGCAUCUAGUGAUGAUGAUCAUGAUGAUCUGUUGAGUUUCAAUGAAAUUUUAGAACACUAUGACAUUUUUGUUGGUAGUGAGGCAACAGAUUAUGGAGACCACUUACACAACAUACACAACUUUAAGGAUGAAUUGUGAUUUUUCAUAAAUGUGGAUUGUAAUUGAGAUUAUUGGAAUAGUUGGAAUCCCUGGAAAACGUGUUGGGAAUAUUUUAUGUAGAUUUCAGGACAUGACAAUUAGAUAGAUCUGAGAAUAUUUGCUAACAUGUUUUUCAUGUUGUGUAGUAGACUGUUGGUAGAAUAUUUAUUACUUAACUCUGAACAAUAUAAAUCAGGACAUUAUAUUGCUAAUAAAAAAUGUAUAUAAUUUAAUAAACUUAUACAAAAGUU